UUGUAGCAUAGGUUGUAUGAGAGAAAACCCACGCAACCAUCGCCUAAAUCCAUCUCAGCCUACUCACUCUAAGUUUGGUACCGCCUUUAAAUUCAGGUUUAUAUUUCGCAACUAUUAACGCAAACUUUUCAGUGAAGGAACGAGGAAGCUGGGAAGGAUAUAACUUAUUUCUACCAUAAACGACCGGAUUUUCAAGUGAAAAUUAAACUGACAUCUGAGUUUUGGCGAGAAGAGGAUUGAACUUUUAUUUCGGCUAAGGAACAGACGAAAUUUGAAACCAUUUUAACUGUUGCCGCUAACAGGUGAUUACAGAAAAUAUUUCGGUGCGUGCGAAGAAACAAUAAAAAGGCAGUAUGAUGAGACGGUGUUUUGGUCCAUUUUUAAUAGGUCUUAUAGGAAUACUCAUAUGUUUCACACAAGAUGCCCGAGGUAGUCCGUUACCUGAUAACGAAGAAAUGGUUAAUGAAAUACUCAACAAAAGAAAUGCAUGGUGGAGCAAGAAAUCCGACCCAGCCUUAGCGGAUUUAUCAGGUGAAAGGAUGGACGGGGAAAACUCAGAGCAGCCUUGUUUAUCACAAGCUCACAGAAUAGAUUGCUACAUCAACAGGUGCGUCCCCGACUUCGUGGAAUGCGGACGACUGGCGCGGUCUCGUUCCGGAUUUGGAGCAUGUAAACAACAGCAUCACGAGUGUGCUCUCGAAUGUUAUCCUGAUACGAACAAAGGCCCCGCCUUAUCCCUCUUCUCAGGACUUCAGGGAUAAAAGUCCAACUGGAGAAAACUUUAUAAAACUUGUGUAGAAAUUGAGUGAUCAUCUGAGAGGGCGAUGAGCCCUGAUAUAGACAUGAGAACGGCAUGGAUCAGACACAUCUGUGAUUGUAGGAUAACGUUGUUCGCAUGAGACGAAUUUUUGUUUCCAAUGUUGGCGAAGUAGAAAAUAAUACUACUAAAACAAAUAACACUCUCCAUUAUUGUAAUUAACAUUUAUAUUUUAACUAAAUGUUGUUAACCCCAUCAAUAAUUGAUAACUGCGCACCCUGCUGCGCAGAUGAGACAUCAGAAAAACAUCUCUGAAACGACUCGGUUUUCAAACCAACAAAUCCUAUAAUGACACGUGUUUCAAAGUUCGAAAACUAUUCGCACGAGGUUAAUUUGGAAUGCGAUCAGACGCAAAAUACAGUGUUGUUUUCUGCUCGACUCCAUUGGAAGUCAAAGACGAAAGACGCCAGUAGAUUCUGCUUUAGUGGCCCUUUAACAUGGAUUAUUAUAAUACAACAGGUUUCGCAACACUUUGCCUUCUACUAACAAUCUCGUGUCUCCUAAUCUAUUUCUUGACAACGCCGAGUUCCCGACAACAAAUCCUUUCAAGGCAAAACUAUUGUGACUUAACUAUCAAAAUCACCAAGUGCGAUUAUUGCAAUAAAAGAUUGUUCAUAAGUAGACUAAAACAAACCAUCUGAAAUAUUUUGUUGUACCUAGGACGGUAUCAGAUUUACCAUGCAGCCUGAACUUUGAGGUGAAACCAUGUACAUGUACAUGUACAUGUACUUAUUGCAAUACAUCACCAGCGUGAUUUGGAUAACGGAGUCACGAUAGUUCCACCUUUACACCAACGUACAGCAAAACUUUGUCCCAACGUUCGCCACGAGUGAACAUCGCAUGAGUGCAACCCCAGUGUCACCACGUGUCCCAUGGAUGUUAUCAAGAAUGUAUAUAUAUUUGAUUUUAGUUAUAUGCAUUUUGCCAGCAGUGAUCGGCUCUAUGUCCUCAGUGUGGUACCAAGGGUGUGAUAUACCCGCUUCAUUUCAAUAGCAUUCAUUAUGGCUCGAAACCAUCAAAUAUGGCUGCCCCUGGUUCCUAAUUGAUGCUCAUCAUUGGCCGAUCUAAUAUCAAUAUCCAUCUUCGUUAUCUGGUGUGUGCGUCUAGAGGUUAAUGUGCUGAGAACCACAACUUCCAAACUGUGAGUGCGUCGCCCGUGGUCAAGCAAUCAACACUGCACUGCAUGGCCAAGUGGUCUCUAUGCGGUGGAGGUGUUGGCCCAAACCUUAGGUGCUUUGGCCCAAGGUUAGGGCGGAAUUUCACUCCUUCAUGACCAGCCGCACUGCUGAAGGAGAAAUCAUUUACCUCUGCCAGCCGAGAUAGCCGGAAAGAACAUUCAAGGCACUUGAACGUGGUUGAAGACGUUUAGGGAGGCAAGAGCAUUGACUGUAUUUGUCAGAUUCGUUGUAUAUCUUUACCACGACCAACGCUGUCAUGACUGUGACCGAAUCCGAUCACAGAGACUUGGAUCCAUUAUUGUCGAUCCACACUAGACACUGCUGUCCUGAUAAUAUGUAUGAGCGUUGAAGAUCAGUAGGCUAUUUCUGCAUCAAACCUAAAACUUGUGUCGGAUUUGUCAGCAUAUGUCUUUUAUUCCGGCGCGAAAUGUAAAGAAAUGUGUAAAUUAGAUUUUUACGCUGAGACCAUCUGCCGUUUUGUUAAUUUCUGGCUGCUGCUUCCAGUACGAUGAAUGGGCAGUCAUGCAGAAAGAUGCCAAAACGGUGGUGUCAAUAUUGUAAGCUGUUCAAAGACUAAUAAAAUUUUAAGAACUCCUGUUAAUUUCUUUUAGUCUAGAUUGCUGUUUGUGUGAUGUGAAGGUAACUAUGUCACUCAUUCGCGUAUCAUUAUACCCAUUGUUCGCCCAUGUACACCUUAUGAUAACCGAAGAUAAAUAAACAUAUUUUCUUUCCAUGUUCUUCUAA